UCCAAAACAAACUAUUUAUUUUCGUGGCAAACUUAAACUGUCUCGACUUUUGUCCCUCAAAAAGGAGUGCAAAAUUUUCGCUGUUAUACAGAAAGCCAGACCCCUACAUAUACACAUAUAUGGGAACCUAUAUAUAUAAUCAAGAAUCCUUCAAGUCACGAAAAAGCUACGCGGAUGUGCGCUUUUGGUUAUCUUUUGUUUUUCGCCCUAUUGUUAACAACAAUUCUGGUGCUGUCCAUAAUUUUUGCCACCACCUCCAAGCGAUCCAUGCUGGAUAGCUUUAUACUAGUAUUCAACUACACCCAAGAAGAACAACCAGAGCAAGAAAUGCAGCAGCAACAACACGCGGGCUAUCAGCAGCAACCACAAAUGUUCUUGAAACAGAAAAUAUUUUAAGUUUUAUAGGUUUAUAAUACCCCGAAAAAAACGAAACGAAACAGAAACCAAUUGGACUUCAGUGUACGCAAGUAAAAGAAUUUCAUUGUUAGUCAAGUGGAAUAACUACUAAAGAACAAAUAAACAACAUAAAGAGUGUUAUACGGAAAAGUAAAACAUUACAAAUUAAUACAUUUGUAAGUGAACUAAAAUUCUUCGGAAAUCACUCAAGUUAUUAAAAUAAAAAAGUGUUGCAAACAAAUCGCACUAUUUGUGCUAUAAUGAACCUAAAGGAUACAGCCAGCCUUUAAGCCAGUAAUUGAUUGGCUUUAAUUAAAG